CAUUGUCUCAAGGGGAUACACUGAGAAAUCGAUCGACACCCAUUCGACUAGUCUGUAUCGUUUCCUUUUUCGGGAUUUUCAUCAUCACGAAUUAUUUUACGGCCUCGUACACUUCGAUUUUGUCCAUCCCCAGCUUUAAAACGACUGUCUCUUCCAUCGAGGAUUUAGCAAACAACAGAGGAGUCAUUCCACUUUUUGUUAAAGGCUCCAGUUCGGACGAGUUCAUUAUGGCUUCAACAAAUCCGACCCUGAAGAAAAUUGGGGACAGGAUGAGAAAACAUCCGGAACGAAGAAUCCUUAAUGCCUUUACUGUUGACGAUAUUUCGACUAUUGUAAAAGAACAAGCCGCCCUAAUUUUGGUAAAGUCUACAGCAGAAUCCUUCAUAGAAGAUAGCUAUAAAAUCAACAAGGAGUGUAAAGUAACUCUGGCCGAAAAGACCUUCUUCAGUCGCCCACAAACUUUCUCCUAUCCGAAAAACAGCCCCAUAGUCAAAUCCGUUGAUUACAAUCUCCUGUUGAUGCAACAAGCGGGAUUGAUCCAAUACGCCGAAAAAAGAUCUGCCGUUCCCUACAACCGCUGCUCUAUCUCAGAAGCGAAGAAGAUUGCAGCUAAUAAAGCAGUUCCACUUAAACUUAAAGACGUGGCCGGGGCGUUUGCUAUUCUCGCCUUCGGAUCCGCAUUGAGCUUCAUUGUUCUGUUUGUCGAAUGUAUCUUUAAGAAGAUGAACACAAAAUGAUGUUAUAUAUAUUUUUUUUUGAUUGAUUCUUUAUUAACCGUUACAUCACAAUGAGUUUCUUGGGAACUAGGGGUAACGUAUAUAACACACACAUGACCUUGGUUUGCAAUGACAUUUUUACUUAGAUUAACUACGU